AUGGAGGCAAUCAACUCGACAAUCGCCGGCCUGAAUACGACCGCCGACUUUUCAAGUGUUUUCGAGGAGGUUUCCAAGUACAAUGUUCAACUGAACGUCGUCGAGCGCCUGUGGGCUGCUUGGUAUCUUUGGAUGCAAAAUGACACACUCGCUACCGGUAUCAUGAGCUUCGUCAUGCACGAGCUCGUAUAUUUCGGACGCUCUUUGCCGUGGAUCAUCAUCGAUGCGAUCCCUUUCUUCAACAAAUGGAAGCUCCAGAAUCAAAAAGUCCCUACAUGGAAGGAACAGCUCGAUUGCGCCGCCCUUGUCCUCCUCCAGCACGUCACCGUUGAGCUGCCCCAGAUCUGGCUCUUCCACCCCGUCGCGGCUUGGCUCGGCCUGGAGUAUGGCGUGCCCUUCCCCUCGGCCUGGAAGAUGGCUUUCCAAGUCGCCGUCUUCUUUGUGAUGGAGGACACCUGGCACUACUGGUUCCACCGCGGGCUUCACUACGGCCCUCUGUACCGCGCGAUCCACAAGCUGCACCACACAUACUCGGCUCCCUUCGGCUUGGCCGCCGAGUACGCGUCUCCGAUCGAGGUCAUGCUCCUUGCGGCGGGUGUCAUCGGGUCGCCCGUCGUCUGGGUGGCUAUCACCGGUGAUCUCCACCUCAUGACCAUGUACGUGUGGAUUGUCCUCCGACUCUUCCAGGCCAUCGACGCCCACAGCGGCUACGACUUCCCCUGGAGCUUGAGGCACUUCCUCCCCUUCUGGGCCGGCGCCGACCACCACGACGUGCACCACGAGAAGUUCAUUGGCAACUAUGCCUCCAGCUUCAGGUGGUGGGACUACAUGCUCGACACCGAGGCCGGUGCCGAGGCCAGCAAGAGACGCCGGGAGAAGAAGCUUGCUGCUAUCAAGGCCAGGAAGGCCCAGUAA